AUGGCGGACGAUGAUGGAAAGGUUGAAGUGACCAAAGAUGUGUUAGCUCCUGCUGAGGGAGUUCGAGAGGAACUUAUCAGUACAGCUGUAAAAUUCUUACAAAAUCCAAAAGUCAAACAAAGCCCUCUUUCACAGAAGAAAGCUUUCUUACAAAGAAAAGGUUUAACAAAAGAAGAAAUUGACCUCGCAGUUCAAAGAGCAGGAGUAGCACAAGAUGACAAUGUCACACAAGUUUUUCCUCCACAAUCCUCAGGACAGAUGGUCCCAUACGCUAACAACACUCAACAGAUGGCACCACCUCCAGUACUUAUAUACACAAGAUGGCAAAAAGUUAGAGAUGUGCUUUCUGUGAUAGCAUUAGCAAGUGGUAUGACAUAUGCUGCCUACAAAUUUUAUAAGGAGGUAUUGAAACCAUGGUUACUAGGACAACCAAGAACAGAAGAGCGACUGACAACCUUGGAGAAACUACAGAGCAGUGUAGUAGAGAGGCUGACCACUGUCCAGGAGACACUGACCUCCUUUCAGGAACAGGUGACCAAGGAACAGGAGAAAGUUCAACAGCUGUCACAUGACAUUCAUGCGAAAAGGUCUUCAGAAAUAUUACAGAGCUCCCAAGAUUCACAAACUAUGCACGAGGUGAAAUCAGAACUUUCAAGUAUUAAAGGACUUCUGUUGAACAGACGCCAGUUCCCUCCCACACCCUCCAGCACCCCACUUUUACCGUCUUGGCAACUGUCAUCAUCAGGGGAAAAGUCUGUGCCUACCACACCCGCAAAGUCAUCACUAGUGACACCUAGUGGAGAUAGUGGAAAUCUAACCGAUACUUUAGGAAUGCUGAAUAGCAAUGACAGUAAUAGGGAGGAGAACUCUGAAGUUGAGACUAAUGGAGAAGUUAGUUUGAGUGAAUCAAAAAUAAUAGAAUCCACACAGCCUGUCACGGAAUCUGAAGCAAAGGGGGAUAACUCGACUGAAGAAAGAAUGACUGUGUCAGAUGAAAGUCCAAUGUCAGAAGUCAAUGAAAGAGAGGCAAAAAUAGAGGAUGAUGAACUUGAUUAAAUGUUAACAUUCCAUUGUUUACCUUACCGUUGAUAAAGAAAUGCCAAAGGUCAAACACAAGGGAAAAUUUAAAUAAAAUAUCAGUGUUUUUGAACAUUUUAAUCUAUAUACAGAUAUGUUGAAUGGUGAAGGCUAGACUGUGAGCCUGGAUUUUUGGACCUGUUUUUAAAGGUCAGGUAUAAUCAACAGUAUUACACAUCAUUAAGGAUGGUAUUCAUUCUGGCCCCUAAAAAUCAGCAUAAUUCUACAUAAGAUAUGAGACUUCAAUGAUUAUGUUUAUUGCAAAGUUCACUUCUGAUGAUGUCAGCUUAGCAGGAUUAGGUGGCAAAAACUAGAAGAAAAAAAACAGAAAAUAAGCACAGAUAUAAAGCACUCAUUAUUAUCUUGUCUGGAUUGGAUUGUUGCUAUAGUAACUGAUAGCUAUGGAUGGUAACUGUUGCUAUAGUAACUGAAAGCUAUGGGUGGUAACUGUUGUUAUAGUGACUGAUAGCUAUGGAUGGUAUCUAUUGCUAUAGCAACUGAUAUUUAUGGGUGGUAACUGUUACUGUAGUAACUGAUAGCUAUGGAUGGUAACUGUUGCUAUAGUAACUGAUAGCUAUGUGUGGUAACUGUUACUGUAGUAACUGAAAUCUAUGGGUAGUAACUGUUGCUAUGGUGACUGAUUGCUAUGGGUAGUUACUGUUGAUAUGGUGAAUGAUUGCUAUGUGUGGUUACUGUUGAUAUGGUGACAGAUUGCUAUGAGUGAUAAUUAGUAAGAAGUUCACAUUUUGAAGUAUUAUAAAUAAAAUCCAUAAAAUUGUGUGUAUUAACCAGAUUAAUUUGCAUUUAUGACAAUAAGGAUCCCUAGGUCAUGUGAAUGAUAUUAGAAUAAUGUUGAUAUUCUAUGAGUGACCAUGAUUCACACAGAUUCCUGCAAAUUUUAUAGAACAUUGAAGAAUAUGUAUUCCAUGAUAAUUGUAAGCAAUUAGGAAAAGGUGCCUAUUGCAAAAGAAUUAAAAGAUUUUACAUGAAGAGUGCCAAAAGAAGGUAUCAUUAAAGAGUUUUGAUUUUCAGUAAUUUCAUGUAAUAAAAAAACAUUUAGCAAGUAGCUCAAAUGUGGAAUCUUAAAUCUUAAUAAAUUAAAAAUUUGUAUAGAAUAUACAUUUUGGGAUUUGCUUUAUAAUGUUGAAGCAGUGACAUAUAGAGGGAUAAGAAACUAAGCCGAGUGGAGUAUUCUCUUGUGUAGGUUUUUAUGUUUGGUCACUGAGCCAUGAAGUCAUUGAAACCCCUUCUCCAUCACAUUUGUUGUCUAAUCAUAGUAACCUUUGUCUCAUACUUUAGUUACCAGGAUGUGAACUUUGCGCUGGCCAGCUUGACUAGGGCCUUUUGUCAGCUAGCAAGAAGAAUCUUAUUUUGGUUCUAAAAUGAUACUGAUAAAUUGAAGUGAUGCAUUACAAAAUUUAAAAUAGAAAAAAAACUUAACUACACAGCUUUUUGAUGCUAUUUAUUUUUUUAUUUAAAGGUUAUUUUCUUCAUAUUUGAGACUGAAAUCCGUAUACAUUAAAGGAUAGUAUUUCAGCUGUAAAUAGCGUAAACAUUUAUUUACAGAAUAUUUUACAGACAUUAUUUAUCACAAAUGUUUGCACAAUCAGUUUGAAUGUUUUUAAACUUUCUGCUUCCCAUACCGUUUAUUUUGAAAAUAUUAAUUACACUUUUUCGGAGAAAAAUGGUUUUUAAACACAGAAAGGCUUGGCAACUUGAAUUUCUUUGUUGUAAUGUUUACAAAGAGAUAAAGGCAGUUUCUUAUCUCUCUGUAUCAUACAUCCCUGGUUUAAUAUUGCUGGACAAAUUAUGGUAUCAUUAUAAAAUACUCUGUUUUAUAUGGCUAUAAAUCCUGAACUGUUUGAGGAAACAUUUAUUGCUGCCAAGUAGAGUAAUCAAUCGAUACUAUUUCCAAUAAUUAAUUAUGUUGGUAGCAAUGAAACAUAAGUUUUUUUUUUAAAUUUUAAAUAACAUAUUUAUAUCCAAGUGUUGUGCUUGUGGUGUAGUAAUAUUAAUGAAUUUUAAACAUUUUUUUUACUCCAAACUGUAAUUUAGAGAGUGUAGCAAAUAUUGACAGAAAGAAUAAUGAUUUGGGCUGAAUGGUAUAUGAUGUAGCUGUGUACCGGUGAGGAAUGUUGAUUUGAUUAAGUUAUAUCUGUAAGGUGUACCUGGUAGUUGUAUUUCAAAACAUAUGCAUUUCAUAAAGAGCCAGGGCAGUGAUUUUCAGUCACUGCUGAUAUUUUAUUGUUUUUCUGUUAAUUAACAUCUUUCUUUGUUGACUUCAUCUUGACAUUAUAUGUUAUUAAGGUAAAGCUGAAUGCAGGGAAGUGGAUUAUUUCAUCACUUGUGUGUAAAGGUGGUUGUGUGUUGGCUUAGUCCUCAUGAAAUUAAUAAUGUUCAGUGAUUUCGAUAUCAUGCUGUAAUUGAAGGGAAUUUCAAUGAAAAUUGUAUUAAAAUGUAUUCUAGUUGCAAUUUCAAAGUUUCUAAGAAACAAUGGUAAUUAUUUGAACCAAACAGAGUACUCUCCCUUUACAUAGGAGUGAUGGAUGGCGAUUCUUACGAUCCAUGAUUCUAAGAUGUCUUCCCUUUCUGAUUGAAAAGAUAAAGUGGAAUCCACUUUGUGGUUUACAUAAAGAAACGUCAGUGCUGGGUGAAAUUCUUGAUUUAAUUGUCAAAUCUGUAGCUUUCCUUGUGAAUUCUGUUUAACGGUUGAAGUUAUGUGUUUCAUCCUCAAACUACAUAAUACAUAUGUAGUUGUAAGCCAUAUCAUGUAUAGUAUAUAUCUUGUUGUCAUCUGUAAAGUCUCCUCAUGGUGUAUUCUGUUAAAUUACAUAUAUGGUCUUCAUUCAUCCAUACCAAGGGGGAUAAGUCUUGUGCCUCAUUCAGACAAAUUUUAAAGUCCAGCAAGUAUUAAACAAGAGCACACUAUAAAAAAAAAAUUUUUAACCUAAUCUCUAACAGCAGCGAUUUUGAAGAAAAAUGGACUCGCAUAUAUACACUGAUAUUAUAAUAAGAAAUAGAGACAUAUCUUACUAAGCAUUGUUAUUGCCUGUAGGGUAUUUAGGCUGCCCAGAGAACUGUUUACCAAUAUGUUUCUGGUUUGUUUUCACUAAGUUUCCUGUAUUGUUCUAUUUGAUUAUCUUUUGCUUUUUCCAGUACAUGUGUCAUCUUGAAUUCCUGCAGUGAUUAUUUGUAUUCUUCAAGAUAAUUAUUAUAAAUAAAGAUUUUUCAUGUUUUA